AUGGCGACAGAGAUUGAAGCUCCAGUUCAAGUGACUGAGCCUGAUCCUUCUUCGCAAAUUUAUAAGGCAACAUACUCUGGCGUUCCAGUUUGGGAGUUUCGGUUGGCGUUAUAUUCAUUGUGUGCCCUAAUCGUUGCUGAAUUUGAUAAACCUCAUAGGACCCGUAUUUUAGAACGCGAAGUCCAAAAGGGUGAACACGAAAAAGUUCAAGGCGGUUAUGGAAAAUAUCAGGGUGUCGACCUAGCAGAACGAUAUCACGUAAAGGAACUUUUACAACCGAUAAUUGAAUUUCAACCAUCAUCGGAAAGUCCACCUCUAGCACCAAAGCACGUUACUGCCGCGUCAAAUAAGCCACGUAAACCACGUGAACCUAAAGAGCCCAAGCCAAUAAAGCCAAGACCUCCUAAAAAGAUCAAGAAGCCAGAACCACAAGCCGAGGCGGAAAAUAUGUCUGUGGACACCGAUCAUGAAACUGCCGAUAUAGCCAGUGUUGCAUCGUCUAACGCAUCAAUAUCGCCAUACUCAUUAUCUGCAUCACCUGCCCCAAUUGAAUCAUCAAAUGAUUUAUCAGAAUCAGAUGAGACUCCAACCGUCACAACUGUACAAAAACAGAAGAGAAAACGUAAGCAAGCAGACACAGGUGGCCGUCCAAACAAAGUCGCGAAAACAGUGCAGCAAUAUUCUAACGCAGUAGAAUACGGCAGUCUUAUGUUAACAUAUUUCACGACAAACUCUGAUGCUAUUCCGGAGUUUAUUUUACACCCGCCAUCAGAUUUUGAUGCCAAUAUUAUAAUUGACCAACAAGGCCAUACCGCACUCCAUUGGGCUGCAGCAAUGGCAAACUAUGACAUGGCCUCGCUAUUGGUAAAGGCAGGAGCAGACCCUGACCGUGGCAAUGUUCACGGAGAAACUGCCCUGAUGAGAAGCGUCAUGUUUCAAUAUAAUUAUGAAAACAGAUGUUUUCAUGAUAUAGUACAACUUUUGAUAAGGACAAUUGGUAAUCUUGAUAUUCACGACCAGACGGUAUUGCAUCAUAUAGCAAUUUACGCCACUACUAAAGGUCGAAUUGGUCCAUCGAGAUAUUAUAUGGAAGUUAUACUUUCAACGUUAGCUCAGCAUCCUAAUGAAGAAUACCGUAGAACUAUUAUCAAUAAGCAAAAUGACACUGGUGAUACUGCUCUUAACAUAUCUGCCAGAUCUGCAAAUAAGCGACUUGUCAAACUGCUUGUUGAUUCUGGAGGGGAUCCACAAAUUAGAAAUUUAGUGGGAAAGAAUGCCGAAGAUUAUAUAUUAGAAUUAGACCAUGACGCAAAAUUUCGAGCAGAACAAAGUCGGGUGCAAAAUCAACCUUUUAACAACACCGAAAAUCAUGUAAAUAGUACACCGUCCACGCCGGUAGUUGUUCCUACAGGUGCUAGCCGAGUAGAAUUCCUAUUACAAGACGCCAACACUAUUUUACGAGAUUUUAAGGAUAUGUACGUUAAUCAAAUACAAGUAAAAGAGAAAGAAUUAUCCGUGUGUCAGGCGCAAUUAGCAUCCAAUAGCGAGGACCUUGAAAAAACAAAUCGUAUGAUUGAAGGGUUGAAAGAAAAAACUCGAGCUUUACCUAUGCGAAAAGAACGUGUGAAUGAAUUAAUUAACUUGGUGACGGAUAAGAUUGAAGGUCAAAGGAAUAAAAGAUUAGAAAAUUUAAUCUCGGAAGAAAUGACAAAAAUUGGACCAAUUGCAGAUGUAAAUCAGGAUAGGUAA